AGGCAAGGGGCUUACGGGUCAGUUUCAUUCUUUAUGUGUUGUUUGUUUGGUACUAGUUUCAUGGAGUUUUUUGAUGAUAGUACAGUAGUGUUGAGUUUGAAGCAGAUGGUAUAAUGCUACACCUUGUUUCACGCUUAGAUACACUAGUUUGGAGCACCUGAUUUUUACUUGUUUUUGUCCGCAUCGCUGGUCUUGGAGGCCAUCAUUUUGUUGUGGUUUAGAGUUUCAACUUUUCGUUGUUGUACCACAACAAAUUGGAGGACUCAUUAUACUAGUACUAGUCAUACAUAAUUCGACGACCAAUAUGGCGGCCACAACAGCUUCGUCGAUUGAAGCAGCUGCUUUUGCCGCGGCGAGCGACCGAUUUCGUGAGGGUGAUGGUUCACCUGGCUCUGCCAAUGGUUCCCUCGCACCUGGACCAGCUGGCCCAGCUGGUGUGUCUGCCACCGAGCUCCUCGCCAAUGGCUCUGGACCCGAGGCCAACGGCCACAGCGAGGAACCACAGCGACCCGACGUGCCGCAGCCGGUGCCACGACGACCGCCUGUCACCCAGGCGGAGCGCGAUGCACUGAGGGUGACGCGAGAACAGCUGUAUCGGACACAGCUGGAAGAGGCGAAGAGCACUGAGGGAGAAUUAUUUCGACGCGACAUCAUCGACCGCAUCCUACGGAAUAAGAGACGAUCAUUGCAGCUCUUUGGCGCGGAAGCUAUCGGAAUGGCAGAUUUUGAGCCGGCGUUCAAGCAAUUGAGAAUGGAUAUUAAAGCGGCUAACGAAUACGGCAAAAUCAAGGAAAUGGCGGGGGUUAGGAGAGUGGAUACUGGUACUUAAUAGAGCUCACAAGUUUGCUGCAUCGCCAUUUCUAGUUAUUGUAUUUGUAGUGCUGGUUCGAUGAAGAAAUAUGUGGCAUUAUCUCACUUACUUACUUAAGAAGUAGUCUAAGUCUAUCACUUGCAAUUCCUUACUAUCCAACCAGGUGUGAACAUCGCUGGCGCGAGUCUGCAGGCUUUGGGCAACGAGCGCGGCUCGCUCGCGAUCACGGAUGGUUUCUCCACUCCAUCCACUACGGAUUCCAGAUCCGCAACGUCCGUCGUUUCCGCUGCAUUGUCCUUGCCGACGCCUUCUGCUUCUAGCCAGAUCAUGCGCUCCACCCCAGGCAUGGGUAUUAUGGCACAGCAGAAGGACCAACAGCCCAUGCAGGGGCCAACCCGACCCGCCCAGGCGCCGAUAUCGAGCACGACCGAGCUCGCGCUUGCCCAGAUGAAGGAGAAAGCGCUGCCCUUCGACGUGGAACGCAAGAAGGUAGUGGACGACUACGAAGUAAGGCUCAGCGUGUACAGGGAAGGCGACCAGAUCGUAAAUCUGGAUAAUCCAGAUCAGAGGCUACGAGCAAUGGAAAAGCCUCAGUGGCAUCGACCGUGGAAGCUCAAAAAGGUAGUGUUAGGUUUUACAAGUAAACUCAACAUGAGGAUUGUGAUGAAAAAUUACGACUACAACUUCUCUACGCAUGACAAAACUCCCGGACUCGGCAGGACAACGUCAACGAUCAGAAUCGAUUACACAACUUCUUCUUCCUCUUGUGUUCAAUCAAUUACCAUCAUCUUCUAGUAAGUAAGACAUCAGAAAAAAUUUCCAACCAUCUUCUACCUCAGGUUCUUGCCGGUCAUCAAGGGUGGGUUCGAACUGUUUGUGUGGAUCCCAAAAACAAGUUUUUCCUAUCGAGUGGUACUGAUCGCUUGAUUAAGUGCUGGGAGAUGGGCACUGGAACCCUCAAGCUAACCCUAACAGGCCACUCAGCAGCAGUAAGGGCUUUAGAAGUAUCCCCGCAUCACCCCUAUUUCUACUCGGCGGGAGAAGACAAUGAGGUAUUAAGCAAUGUGUAUUUGAUGAUAGGAGUAUUGAUAUAAUUUUUUGCAUUUGUAAUUUUAGUCGUGACAGAAGAAGAAAACGAGUUGUGCAUUACCACAGAAGUAUGAUUGCAACGCACAUCAACCUCUUAAAACUACAGGUUCGUUGUUGGGAUCUUAACACAAACAAGAUCAUCCGAACAUACCACGGCCACUUGUCUGCCGUAUACAGUUUGAAGUUACACCCUACGUUGGAUGUUUUAGCCACUGGAGGUCGCGAUGGCACGGUAAGAAUCUGGGAUAUCCGUACGCGGACGCAGGUUUUUGCCUUCGGUCAUGAAGGUAAGAUUGACAUUUAGCUGUUUUAGUACUACUAGGUCCAAUUUUAGGUUUAGGUAGUCUGCUAUCUGGAGCAUAUGCCUCCAAUGCGGUCUAUUUCUUUUUUUCGUAGUUGGAAAUUCGUUACCAUAUUUUUGUAGUUCCAGUUGGAAACGAAAUGAAAUAUCGUGAGUAGUUUCAAAACAUCUUAGUAACAAGUACAAGAGCCAUGUCAUCAUCAUCAAACCAAUGCCGAAUUACAUAAUCUCCCUUAGGUGCAGUGAAUUCCAUAGUUUCGCAAGCAUCGGAGCCUCAGUUUAUUUCCGGGAGUGCUGACGCGACAGUGAAGUUGUGGGACCUAGCAGCGGGAAAAAGUAUGGUUACACUGACCAACCAUAAGAAGGGUAUUCGCGCUCUCGCCAUUCAUCCGACAGAGUAUACUUUCGCGUCUUGUUCUGCCGAUCAAAACAAGGUGUGGCGGUGUCCGAAAGGAAUUUUCGAACGCAAUAUCUAUGGACAUGACGGCAUCAUGAAUUGUUGCGCUAUUCGGGACGGCGAUACACCGGAUCAAGGGAGCAUACUUGUUGGAGGAGGAGAUGAUGGUAUUUUUGUUAAGUGAAUUGUUACAAUUCCUUGCCGUGGUCAAACAUGUGACGACCCCGAUUUUGUUCGUUGCUUCUCAGGACGAUUCGAUUCUUUAUGACGUCAAAAGAGCGUACCGAUAAAUCGUUGGUGGUGUCCCGAAAGUUUUUUUAUCGCACUCCUCAUACUCAUAUGACUGACACGCCAGGUUUCUUGCAUUUCUGGGAUUGGAAGACGGGGUAUUUAUUCCAGAGUAUUGAAGGGAAGCCACAGCCAGGGAGUCUGUCAUCUGAGAAUGCGAUUUACGGGAUGGCGUUUGACGCCUCUUAUUCUCGUCUUUUUACAGCUGAGUGCGACAAAACAGUCAAAAUCUACGAACAAGACCCUGAGGCGACCGAGCAAACCCAUCCAAUUGGAAACUGGCGCCAGUUCCUCAGCAAAAACAAAAAGAAUCGAUAGAUGAGGAGCUCCUCGGAGCUCUUUUGCAGGUUUUGCUCAGGGUUUGUUCAUAAUAGAAGGAGCUUUUUAUACUUUAGUACAUCCAGAAGUACAUGAACAUGGUAGGUUCUGAUGUUCUUUGUCCCGAUUCACACAAAAGGUAAAGGAUCUAGCACUCCGCUGUCCUUAGCGACCAGCAGAGCAAGGAUGCUUACACUGUUCUAAAUACGCGACCAAAACACUUGAGUAAACUCUGCGACGAAUCCUCACGACCCGUGUUACAGCACAGCUCGACUUACUUUCUCUCCUACACCUAUAGCUCACCCGCUCUUAUUCAAUUUAAUGUGAAUUGCGUUUGGAUUUUUCAAACGAAAAGCGAUGAAAGAGGGCUUUUGCAAAUGUCUGCUUGGCCUUGGCUUUAUUACUUUUUCAACGCAUCAUUAGGACUUUGUCGGUCUCGGUUCGAAUCGGCUUCAAUUUCAU